GCAGAAGUUCUCAUAUUGUCUUCCUUAUGUUGUUGACUGAUGGUGACAUCAUGGGGACCAGGACAUUCGCAUUUCGAGGACUCCAUUCUCAUUCUGAAUAUAAUGCAGGGCAACGUUUAUUCCUUGCGGUGAUUUCGAAUUUUCCACCUCCUACAAAACUGUGAACAAAGAACUUCGAACCAGCAAGUACAGCAAAACAGCACAUGCAGUAUAAUCUUCUCGAAACUUCAUGAUGCUGAAUGGACAGCGAUGACUGCAAGUCCGGUCAGUAGGUUGAGCAUAGGGAUCUAGUAUCUAGGCGAGUACAUCGGGAAGAGACUCAAUUAACAUUAUUAUGGGGACCCUGGGCCAUGCAAGAUUUUCCAGAAUCGUAAGAUUUGGACCUGCUGAGUGUGAAGCAGGAAGAAGAGAAGACGCUGCCAUUGUUUCGCGGGAUCCGUUGAAGUGAGACAGAGACUGUCUACCUGUAUGUCUGUCUCCACGGAAUUAUGGACCCCUCAUUCUAUGCAUCUCUCCUUGAAGAUGGGGGUUCCUCCGAGGAUGGACCCUCGACCUUUGCAUCAAGUUCUCAGUCUGGACCAGCUGGUGGCUCCCAGGAAAUCGGCUCGGAUAUCAAGACCCUUAUUAAGAGAUUUUAUCAAGUGGCUAUUCCAUAUUGGUACUCAGAGGAUAAGGUGCAAGCAAGAAUACGCCUGGCUCUCGUAUUCACUCUCACUCUGACGACAACCGGAAUCAGCGUUGCAUUCAGUUUUUUGAGCAGAGACUUCUACAACGCCCUUGCCAACAAGGAACCACAGAAAUUCAAGAAGCAGCUGAUUUACUACAUGUCGGCAUUUGUGGCCGGGAUACCGGUGUUUGUUAUUAGAGAUUACACGAGGGAGUUGCUCGCAGUACGCUGGCGUUCAUGGAUGACGAAGCAUUACAUCAACUGCUACUUGCAAAAUCGAACAUUUUACAACAUUCAGGCACAAUCUUUGAUAGACAAUCCUGACCAGCGCAUCGUUCAUGAUGUCACUUCAUUCACAGGAACUGCUCUGGCUUUCGCUCUGGCUUUAUUCAACGCAGCAGUGGAUCUUGCCUCCUUCUCCGGCAUUCUCUAUGGCAUAUAUCCCCCUCUGUUCUUAGUCCUCAUCGCCUACUCCCUGGUCGGCACGAUACUCAGCCUGCUACUGGGCAAGGGAUUGGUUGGCCUCAACUUUAUACAGGAAAGACGAGAUGCAGACUUUCGCUAUAAUCUAGUACGGGUGCGAGAAAAUGCAGAAUCCAUCUCUUUUUACGGAGGAGAGCAGAGUGAGAGCCGCCUCCUCCUUCGUUGUUUCAAGCAGUCCCUGGACAACUUAUAUAAACUAAUGAAAGUGUCCAGAAACUUAAACUUCUUCACAAGUGGAUAUCGAUAUUUCAUCGAGCUUCUGCCGGCCGCAGUAGUUGCACCUCUAUACUUCAGAGGAGAGAUCGACUUCGGCGUCAUCAACCAGUCCUUUUCGGCAUUCGAUCACAUAUUGGGUGACCUGUCCAUAGUCGUGUUUCAGUUUCAAUCAAUAACUGCUUUCUCUGCAGUUGUCGAUCGAUUAGGCGAAUUCAAUGACGUUUUGAAUCGACUGCACAUUGCUCACGACAGACCAGCCCUACACUCGGCUGUCAUGGAUGGUGCUCGCCCAAAAAUAUACAAAGUCGACAUAACGGACGUUUUCUCGGGCCCUGAAAAUCAGAGUCUCCCAUUACUUGCCAUCGAACAUUUGACCCUCUUCACUCCGAACUACAAUGUGACUUUGGUGGAAGAUCUAACGUUUGUCCUCCACGAAGGGGAACAUCUGCUGAUCAUGGGACCAAGUGGAAGUGGCAAGACGUCUCUUAUCAGGGCAAUUGCGGGACUCUGGGAGUCAGGGAGAGGCACAAUCAAGACGUUUGUAGCAAGUCAGCGUGAAGACGAUGUAGAAUCUCGUCGAGUCUACGGGGAGAUUGAGGAGGAGCCAAUUGAGGAAGGGCAUGCUCGCAAGAAGAGUGGCAUGAUCUUCUUCUUGCCUCAGAAACCUUACAUGGUCAUUGGUUCUCUGCGCCAACAGCUUCUGUACCCAACCUGGAUCAUGGAUGCAGACAAUGAUGCGAUGGUGUCAGGGCAAGUGUCUACGUACCCUUCAAGACCUCUGCCAACAGAUCCCGAGCUUGUGGAUGUAUUGGGCCGCGUGAGGUUGAGUUAUCUCUUGCGAGGAUAUGAAGAAUUAGACUCACACAGAGAAUGGGCCUCUACACUUUCUGAAGGUGAGCAGCAACGUAUUGCCUUCGCGCGAUUACUUCUCUCGAAGCCAAAAGUAGCUAUGAUGGACGAAUCUACCAGUGCCAUGGACGAAGAUAAUGAGGCACAAUUAUAUCGAGAGAUCGACGCAGCAGGUAUUACUUACAUAAGCGUUGCACACAGGGCAAGCUUGAAGUGUUACCACUCGAACGUUCUUACAAUGUACAAGAACAAAGAUAGUGAUAGAGGUUGUCGGUGGACAUUCCGAUGCAGUAGUGACACAUGCAGCCAUGAUUCAAUGGAUCAUUGAUUUGAAUACAUCAUUGACACAAGAUUUGCUUCAAAAAUCCGAAAUUGGGUAUGUACUGCAAGGUGUUGGUGCUUUGCGCCAACUCCCCAAUUAACAUAGUUUGAGAGGUUGUAAAUGAAAUGUGUUAGCUUUCUCUCAAGUCCCGAUUUACAUUCGGGUGACUUCGAGAUAUGUGAAGGACUA